AUGGACGCCGGCAUGCAUUUGCUGAGGCGACAGGCCGCACAAAAUGGAAGCAAUCGUGGUCAAGGCUCGAAUUCAUUGUCUGGUAUCAUUUCCACUUUGGUGCCAGUCAUCAUACUUGCUGCCAUCUCUCUCACCAUAUUCCUCAUCCUGCGAAGACGCUACACCAAAGUUUACGAGCCACGAUCUUCGGACCUUAUCCUCUGGGACGAGAAGCGACGAACUCCUCUCAAUAACAGAGGCUUCUUCGGUGCAAUCUUCGAUUUCAAGGGACUACCUGACCAUCAUGUGCUCGAACGCAAUUCCCUCGAUGGAUAUCUCUUCCUGCGGUUUUUCAAAAUGCUCAUCUUCAUCAGUCUUGCUGGCUGCCUCAUAACAUGGCCCAUCUUGUUUCCAGUCAAUGCUACCGGAGGUGGUGGUCAACAACAACUCGAUAUGUUGAGUUUCAGUAAUGUUCUGAACGUCAACCGCUACUAUGCCCACUGUCUUGUUGCCUGGAUCUUUCUAGGUCUCGUCACCGCAGUCGUUAUUCGAGAGCGGAUGUACUUUGUUGGUUUGAGACAAGCAUACUUCCUCAACUCAGUGAGAGCUACCAGGUUAACCUCACGCACUGUCCUAUUCAUGAGCAUUCCCAAAGAGAGCCAGUCCGUUGAGGCUCUUCGAGCAGCUCUUGGUCGUCAUGUUCGGAAUGUAUGGCUAGCCACCGACUGCAAGGACCUUGAAGAGAUGGUAGAAGACCGAACCAAGGCUGCACUGAAGCUGGAAGGUGCUGAGGUCAAACUUACAAAGUUGGCCAACAAGAACCGACUCAAGUCAGAAAAGAAAAAUCCUGGUAGUCAGAGCGAACGACGUGAUCCUGCCCACUGGAUCGACAGCAAGAAGCGGCCUACCCACAAACUGAAACCGUUGAUUGGCAAGAAAGUUGAUACCAUCUCCUGGGCUCAAGAGGAAUUACCCAAGAUGAACACUAAGAUUGCUAGCGAACAACGAGCUCACACUUCUGGAGCUGCCCAGGCUGUUUCUGCCGCCUUCGUCGAAUUCACCAGCCAGGCUGCUGCUCAACGAGCUUUCCAACUCGCUGCGAAGAGCGUGAAGAAGUCAAUGGAACCUCGCUACAUCGAUGUUCAGCCAGAUGAGAUCAUUUGGAAGAACCUAAAGACUACAUAUGCAAUGCGAAAGACCAAGAUGCUCGUUGCUACAGCCAUUGUCACUCUAAUCAUCAUCUUCUGGACUCCGAUCAUCGCUUUCGUCGCCUCUCUUACCAACAUCAACUACUUGACCAACAGAGUUCCUUUCCUCAGCUUCAUCAAUCAAGUGCCAAGCGUCAUUCUUGGUGUCAUCACUGGUCUUCUACCAACAAUCGUCCUGGCAGUCUGCAUUCUCCUGGUGCCCAUCAUCUGCCGUCUCCUUGCCAAAUUGGCAGGCGAGCCAACAUUGUCGGCCGUCGAGUUGAAGACUCAGACUUGGUACUUCGCCUUCCAGGUCAUUCAGGUUUUCCUAAUGACCACGUUUCUCUCCGGUGCCGCAGCUGUCACGACCCAAAUCAUAAAUGAUCCUACUUCUGCUCCUACUCUGUUGGCGGAGAAUCUACCUAAGGCCUCCAACUUUUAUAUCUCCUAUUUCAUUCUGUACGGCCUCGCUCAGGCAGCAGCGCAGAUACUCAACGUUGUCGUCUUGAUCUUGUUCGUCCUACUCGGCAAGUUCCUGGACAACACGCCUCGCAAGAUGUACAACCGAUGGGUCAGUCUCGCUGGCCUGGGCUGGGGAUCUGAGUACCCAAAAUGGACCAACUUGGGUGUCAUCGCCAUCUCCUACUCGUGUAUUGCACCUCUGGUGCUCGGAUUCUCAACCAUCGGGUUCACCUUUCUUUAUCUCGCCUUCCGAUGGAAGUGGCUUUAUGUGCUCGGCAACAAGGUCGACAUGAAGGGUGAGGCAUACGCCAAGGCUUUGAAACAGCUUAUGUGGGGUGUCUACCUUUCUUCGCUUUGCCUGAUCGGCCUUUUCGCCAUUGGCGCGUCGAAAUCGGCCGCCGGAACUGGACCACUGGUCUUGAUGAUCAUCUUCCUGGUAGUUGUUGUCGUUGUUCAAUUCAUCUUCGGACGUGCCAUCAGUCCACUUGAGGAGGGAUUACCUCUUGACCUCGUGUCUGACGAUGCUUACGAUUAUGAUGUCUCAGAGGAGAAGUUUGGCGCCAACGGAGCACAUCCAGCCCAAGUCCGGGAUCAAAGACAGGAGAGUAAUGUUACCGGUACCACGGCCGGUGGUGUCGACGUUGAAGCCCAUAAGGAUAAGCUCCCAGAAGGCAACACAGGCAACAAGCUCACUGCUCGCAUCAGGCCAUACAUUGACAGCCAUUUCUAUGCACCCAACAAGAACAUCAAGUUCGAGUUGCCUAUCAUUGACUACGAGUACCAUGAUGCAUAUUACAACCCAGCCAUCGCUGCUGAUGAGCCUUUCAUCUGGCUUGCCAAAGAUUCCUGCGGCGUUUCAAGUAUGCUUGUACAGCAAAAUACUUCUCACGGCGUCCGCAGCUCUGAUGAAAACGCUUGGUUCGAUGAGAAGAACAAGUUGCACUGGAAUCCAGAACAUGUGCGCAAAGUCAGGACUAUGUUGAACGAAAAGACUACCACAACUGCUGCUCAAGGCUCUGGUGCUCAAGCUCGAGGAGACGAGAUCAGAGGUUGA